AUGUUUUGUGGCUCUUGUUUUGCUCUGUGUUUAAAGAGAGAAAGCACAAUUUAUUUGGUAGAGGCGCUCAAAGUCCCCGAUGACUGGCAAUUGAGUCUACACGGUUCUCAUGUGACAGUUAUCACAGCGCCGCUCAAUAGAGCUUCAUAUUUCACUGCUAGCUCUCUACGUGUGCGUUCCUGCUCAGAAAAAAUGGCUGAAACCGCCCCAGCUUCCGCUCCGGCUAAAGCUCCCAAGAAGAAGUCUGCGUCUAAGCCCAAGAAAGCGGGCCCAAAUGUCCGCGACCUUAUCGUCAAGACCGUGACCGCAUCCAAGGAGAGACACGGCGUUUCUCUCGCAGCCCUGAAGAAGGCUCUCUCUGCCGGCGGCUACGACGUGGAGAAGAACAAUUCCCGCGUCAAAACCGCCGUCAAGGCCUUGGUGCUCAACUGCACUCUUGCUCAGACAAAAGGCACAGGUGCCUCCGGUUCAUUCAAGUUGAACAAGAAACAAGCCGAGCCCAAGAAGAAACCAGCGGCCAAAAAAACUGCAGCGAAAGCAAAGAAGCCUGCUGCCAAGAAACCCGCCGCUAAGAAAUCGCCCAAGAAGGUGAAGAAGCCGGCGGCCACAUCCGUGAAGAAGGCAACAAAGAGCCCCAAGAAAGCCAAGAAACCUGCAGCUGCCAAGAAGGCGACCAAGAGCCCCAAGAAGGCAAAGAAACCAGCAGCUGCCAAGAAAGCAGCCAAGAGCCCCAAGAAGGUGAAGGCGGUCAAGCCCAAAACUGCUAAACCUAAGGCGGCUAAGCCUAAAAAGGCGGCUCCCAAGAAGAAGUAA